AUGUCUCGUAAAACACUAGCAAGCAAUGGUAAUAAUGGUGUUGAUGCUUCAUUUUUAUCAAGUAAUCAUAAAGUAAUGCAAUAUUUACAAAAUUCAGCACGUUGUUCAACAAAUUCUAAUAAUAAUUCUAACAAUUGUAACAAUAAUAAUUUAUUAUUUGGUCAACAUAAAACAUCUGCACAAACACAUGAUUUAUUUUAUGUAAAAGGUACAUCUAUGAACAAUAAUUAUAAUCAUCAUCAAUAUCCACAUCGCAUACGUUCUUGUUCAAAAAAUAGUUCAGAACCAUCUACUAUUGAUACACAACCACAAUUUAAUUGCAGCUUUGGUUCUAAUUUGCCCGGUACCGGUCGACACUGUAGUACGUUUGAUUCAACCAUUUCAUCGUUUGGUAUAUGCAGUACACUUUCUGAUGUUGGACAUGAAGAAGAGGCAUCAACAUCAUCAGUAGACCUUGAUUUUAACCUUGGUUUUGAUCAGAUUAGUGACAAUGAUGAUAUUGAAAUAGCUAAUCUUGAUGAAAUCGAUGAAUAUAGCCAAAAUGAAGAAGAUAAUCAACAAAUCUCAAAUAAGAAUAAUGGUAAUACAGCAACAUCACUAGAUUUUGGCGAAUCGAAUUCAGAUGCACGCAAUAAUGAAUUAGAAAGAUUUCUUCGUAAAUCUUAUAGUUCAACAACUCUUAAUGGUAAUAUUGAAUUUAAUAAUGAUGAUACAAUAACAGAUAAUAAAAUAAAACAACAGCAGCAACAACAACAACGUGCAUCAUUAUUACAUGAUUCAACAUAUACAUUAUGUUCACCAGAUCGUUUCUCAGUAUACAGCGAAAACAAUGAUCAUGAAAAAUAUAAAGCAUCAUACAUUAUUGGUAGACGUUUCAAUUCAUUGGGUGUUGCUUUAUUAGAUAGAAAGUCAGCUAUACUAGAUAUACCAACAAAAAAAAUUGUUCGUUUCGCCGAUAUGUUGGUAUGUUUUGCGUAUCUUAUGACUAGAUAA